UGGUGGGUGGAUGGGAUCAGCGUUAUAAGACCUCUCCCGUCCCUCUCGUUUUCUCGUCGUUCUCACUUUUCUCCAUAUACAAUCACCCAUCCACCAUCCAACUUACAAUAGUCGUUCUUUCUCCCACAUCCUAUCACAUGGCCACCUACGAGAACACCCAGCAACAGCAAGUUGCCCAGCCUCAAUACGCACCAGCCCCGCAACAGCAGGUUGUCCAGCAGCCGUAUGCCUCCCAGCCUGCCCCCGUCGCCGGUCCCCCAGCUGGAAAUGACGACGUAGCGCACUGGACGAACCGCAUCACCGCCGCGCUGAACAAGCCUGAGACCAUCACCAGCCCCGUGCCUGCGUCGCAUCAGCCAUGGCACCAUAGCUUCCUUCAGUUCUUCACGCCUAUUGAUCUCUGCCUCAUCACCUGCUGCUGCCCCUGCGUCACCUUCGGCAAGACACACCACCGUCUCCACCACGACGCAAACCUCGAGGACUACAGCCUCGUCAACGCCUCGUGCAUCGGGUGGUGGGCGAGUGGAUGCUGCGCCGCUACCUCGGUUGGUAUCGUGCUCCAGCGCCGCACGAUCAUGGAUCGCUUUGGUCUCACUGGUGAUUUCCCCGUUAACUGUCUGAGGGGUUGCUUCUGCGGAUGCUGCGAUCUUAUCCAGCAGGAGAAGGAAGUCGAGUACCGCCUCCUCCAACAGGGCGGCGUUACGCAGCAGCCGACUGCGAACCAUGAGAUGAAGGUCCCGGGUGGGCAACAGUACUAGAUUCUCCCACUCACCAUUGUCGCUCUCUCAUUCAAACAAACCAAACACACCAACACACGGAAUUUCCUUUUUUAGCUACCAUCGUCGUCUGUCUGUGGGAAUAUAAAGAUACCCGGGUAUAAACGGGAACAAACAAACAAAGGAGAGAUGGAGAAAUUGGAGGCUCGGAGAGUAUUAACGCAGUCCCAGAGAGGGGGUUUGCGGAAUCAUUGUAGUAUCUUGCGGAACGUCGUGGCGUCUUUGUCUAAUACCCGGAUCUUGAUCCUACCUGGCCUAAUAUGAAACACUUUUAU